UCAAUUUUCUCGUAUACGCACGCGCACGUAUUAUGCACGCGGUCUCUCAGCUGUUUAUAGUUCACAGUUGUUUACAUUAUCGUUCAUCGACUUAUCGAUUUCUGAAAUUGUUAUUAGGAUUAGCACGACAUUAAUUCAUUCAAUAUUAUUAAAGAAGAUUGUGAAAAUGACUGAGGAACAAUGUUCUUUGUUGUCCAAUACAGUAGUGUCACAGAUACCAGACACUGCGUGUUACAUACCAAAUUUUAUUACCGAGGAAGAAGAGAGACAAGUUAUAAAAUACAUAAAUAGUGUACCACAACCAAAAUGGACACAAUUGAGUCAUCGUAGAUUGCAAAAUUGGGGUGGUAUACCACAUCCUAAGGGAAUGAUAGCGGAAGAAAUUCCUAGUUGGCUUCAGAAAUAUAUUGAUAAAGUGGCAGCUUUGAACGCUUUUGAAAAUGGAGUGUUACCUAAUCAUGUUUUAAUUAAUGAAUAUUUAUCAGGGCAAGGAAUAAUGGCACACUCAGAUGGCCCGCUUUUUUAUCCUGUCGUAACUACUAUAAGUUGUGGUUCCCAUACACUUCUUGACUUUUAUAAACGGCUCGAUACAACAGAGCAACAACAGCCUAAGGUAGAAUUUAGCUUAUUACUAGAACGCAGAAGUCUAUUAGUUCUACAAAAGGAUUUAUAUCACAAUUACUUGCAUUCUAUAGCAGAAAGAGAUACAGAUAGUAUAUCAGAAUCUUCAAUAAAAAAUCUACAUAUGUGUAUAAGAAAGUUUAUGGAAGGAGAAAUAAUAAAACGUGAUACUAGACUGUCUUUAACUAUUAGACAUGUACCAAAAACUAGCAAACUAAAAUUAAAGAUUUUUUGAUGCAUGUAUUUUGAUACAUUGUCGAAAUUUGAAGAAAAUACAGUUACAUUAAAUAAUAUUGGCAAUAAAAAUAAAAUUUUGUUUUU